AUGUCUAGCAUCCGCCCUGAGCUGAAAUUCAGCGACGAACGCGAUCAGACGUCGUUCUACAGCAAAUACUUUAGACUGCCGCCGAAAACUGCGCGCACGUUGCGUGUUGUCGACAAGGGCGACUACUACAUUGUUUUGGAUGAAGACGCGGAGCUAGUUGCGGAUCUGAUCUACAAGACGCAAUCGGUGGUCAAGACGGCCACUGCGGAAAAGAAAACCGUGCAGUAUAUCACUCUGUCGCCUGCGGUGUUUGCAAAUCUGCUCAAGCUCGUGGUGGUGGACUCUGGCCACAAGCUCGAGAUCUACUCCAAGAACUGGGACAACAUGCGGACCGCGUCUCCGGGCAAUUUAUCCGAGAUCGAGGAGCUGAUCAACACAGCCGACUUGAACGCGGUGUCGAUUUUGGCUGCAUUGAAGCUCGUCAGCAAUUCCGCCGAGGGAAAGCGCAUUGGAUUGUCGUUUUACGAUCCAAACGCAAAGUUUCUGGGUGUCACCGAGUUUCUUGACAACGACCUGUUUUCCAACCUUGAGGCUCUGCUGAUCCAGACCGGCGUGAAGGAGUGCCUGGUUCCUGCUUCGGGAACCACCGACACAGACCUCGACAAGGUCAAACAGCUCAUUGACAGAUGCGACAUUGUCGUUUCCGAGUGCAGAUCCGCAGACUUUACCGACAAGAACAUCGACCAGGACCUCAUUCGGCUCACAGGCAACGAGCUGGUGCUUUCCACGAACGAGAUAUCGUCGCUCAAUGUCGGACUCGGCUGCUGCAACGCGAUCCUGUCGUAUUUGUCGCUGCUGUCAGACUCGUCCAACUUUGGCUCGCUCCAGAUCGCAAAGUACGACCUCGAACAGUUCAUGAAGCUCGACUAUGCCGCCGUGCGUGCAGUCAACCUGUUUCCGCCGCCAAACUACAACAACUCGAUGAACAAGACCUCGUCGCUGUUUGGUCUGUUGAACAACUGCAAGUCUGUUGGUGGAACCAGACUGCUGUCGCAGUGGCUCAAGCAGCCGCUCGUGGACGUGGCGGAGAUCGAGAACCGCCACGCAAUUGUUGGCCACCUAAUCGACGACCUGAAUCUGCGCGAGUCGCUGCAGUCGCAGUUCCUGAACGAGGUGCCAGACAUUGCGCGCCUGGUCAAGCGGCUGGCGUCUCCUCGCGGCACCAAGUCGCUCGACGACGUGAUCAGACUGUACCAGCUGUGUGUGAGGCUGCCGGACCUGCUGGACUUCCUGCAUAUCUCGAUGGACUCGCUGUCGGAGUCGGACGAGAACAUUAAGCAGCUGUUUGAAAAGACCUGGAUCGUUCCCGUCACCGAGUACGCUGGGUCUUUGGCCAAGUUCCAGGAAAUGGUCGAGACCACAAUCGACCUGGACUCGCUCGACAACGCCUCGUCCGCCCAUUCGUCCAUGGUGGCCAUCAACCCCGAGUUCGACGCCAGUCUGAUGGAAAUCAACCAGAAAAUAGAGCAGGUCAAGUCGGAGAUGAAACACAUUCACCAGCAGGCAUCCGACGACCUGGGCAUGGAGCUCGACAAGAAGCUCAAGCUCGAGGUCCAUCACGUCCACGGCUGGUGUUUCCGUCUCACCAGAAACGACAGCUCGUGUCUUCGUGGUAACAAAUCUUACAGAGAGCUGUCCACCGUCAAGGCCGGUGUCUACUUCACCACGUCUACUCUCAGCGAGCUCAACUCGGAGAUCAAGAGUCUCGAGGAACAGUACGCCAGCGGACAGAGCGAGGUCGUCAAGGAGAUCGUGUCCAUCACCACCACCUACUCGUCAAUCUUGCUGAAACUGUCUGUGGAACUAAGCAAGCUCGACGUCUUGGUCUCGUUCGCCCACACCUGCGCGUUUGCUCCUGUUCCGUACACUCGUCCUGCCAAAGUGCACAACCUGGACAGCUCGGAAAGACGCGUUGUUUUGAAAGAAGCUCGGCACCCGUGCUUGGAACAACAGGACGGACUCUCGUUCAUCUCGAACGAUAUCGAGUUCGCCAGAGACUCGGCUGAGUUCCUUGUCAUCACGGGACCAAACAUGGGUGGAAAGUCCACCUACAUCCGUACCAUGGGUGUCAUUGCACUGAUGAACCAGAUCGGCUGCUACAUUCCUGCUGCCGAAGGAGCAGAGAUCUGUAUUUUCGACUCUGUGCUUGCGCGUGUCGGGGCGUCGGACUCCCAGCUGAAGGGCGUGUCCACGUUCAUGGCCGAGAUGCUGGAGAUGUCGUCGAUCCUGAAGAGCGCGUCGUCCAACUCGCUCAUCAUCGUGGACGAGCUCGGACGUGGAACGUCCACGUACGACGGGUUUGGGCUGGCCUGGGCCAUUUCCGAGCACAUCUGCAAGAACGUCCGCGCGUUCACGCUGUUCGCUACCCAUUUCUACGAGCUCACUGCGCUGGCAGACCAGUACGAGUGCGUUAGAAAUCUACAUGUGGUAGCACACACAGACACCACUGCUGAGUCCAAGAAUAUCACGCUGCUCUACAAGGUGGAGCCAGGAGUGAGCGACCAGUCGUUCGGCGUCAACGUGGCGGAGAUCGUCAAGUUCCCGCGGAAAAUCAUCGAGAUGGCCAAACGCAAGGCCAGCGACCUGGACGAAAUUAAAAAUAGCACCGCCAAGAAGACAAAGUUCGACACUGGCGAGAUUCUGCGCGGGAACGAGGUGCUGAAGAAGGCGCUCAAGGCGUGGAAGGCGCGCGUCGAGCAGCGCGGCGGGCUCGAGAAACUGUCCCCGGACGAGGUCGAGCAGGAGCUGCGCGACGUGGUCGAAUCCGACUACAAGUCCGAGUUCCAGUCCGGGGUGCUUCGGGAAAUGCUCUCGCUCUAA